GAGGUCGCACCACACCGAGGUCCGCGUCGCGAAAAUUCCGCCGACCGCAACGGCCGCAUGCCGUCCGUCCCGACGUGAUCCGCAGUGCUCCCGCCUUUCGACGUCAUGGCGCCAACGUGCAACCUUUUCAAGUCAGAUAAAUAUUUCGGUUCGAACGCUCAAUUCCGCGAGAGCUUGCGGAGGCCGACACCUGGUCCGAACCCGACGAAGCGAGCGGCAUCGUACCCUCGCGUGGUCCCCGCGUUCACGAUCCAGGCUUACCAAAGGAACACAGUCACGGACGCACCUCCCAAGAGCAAAAGAUCCAGACAGCACAAAGUUGGCAACACAGCAUUCAGGAAAUACUACGCAAGAGGCGACUUCCCGAUAUCCAUGGAGUUCGAUACGUACGGCAACAAGAUCUCUUGGAAGGUCCCGAAGGAAAAUUUGGAUUAUCAUCAUUACCUACCAAUGUUUUUUGAUGGCCUUAAGGAGACUGAACACCCGUAUAAAUUUUUUGCCCAACAAGGAGUUCACGACUUACUCUCACAUGGCAAAAACAAAAUUCUUCCAGUUAUACCACAGCUAAUCAUUCCCAUAAAAAAUGCCCUCAACACAGGACACCCUGAGGUCAUAUGCUGCACUUUGAAAGUCCUCCAGCAUUUGGUAACAUCUGCUGAUAUGGUCGGCGAAGCUCUUGUUCCUUACUACAGACAAAUUCUUCCACCUCUCAAUAGAUAUCAAAGCCCUUCCUACAAUAACAUAGGUGAUGAGAUAGAUUUCAGCCAAAGCAAAAGAGAAAAUAUUAGUGAUCUGGUUCAAGAAACUUUGGAAAUAUUGGAACGAUACGGAGGCGAGGAUGCUUACAUAAAUAUCAAAUAUAUGAUACCAACAUAUGAGUCAUGCAUGCUCAAUUAACUUCCCGAGGAGGCCUACUUGGAUCUCAAAUAACUUUUUUACUAAGAGUUCUGUGUGUUACAGUAGUUACAUGUUUACGUUAAGAUUCUUAAAUUUUAAUAAAAAUUGUUUUCAAUAAAAAUCUGGCCAAAUUGAUUUUUAUUGGGGAAAAAAUAUAAAUAUUUACAGGAAUUCAACUGGAUACCAAAAUUAACUGAUUGAUAACUACACGGAAAAAAAAAAGCUGCCACAUCAACACCCAGAAAGUUUGACAUUGGCGCAAAAACUCAAAGAUGUUGAUAGGAAUGCUCCUGUUGUUAAGGAUUGUACAUUAACAGCCAAUGUAUUUAUAUCAACAUUCCAGAGCUGUCCCACAGAUUUUUAACAUUCCAGAUGCUGAUAUGCAGAAAUCUUAUCCCCAGUUCAAUUUAAAGGGUUAUUACUUAAAUGAGUAC